AUCAAACGCCCUGUAUUAUAUACCUACGCAACGAGAGUUCAGGGGUACUCAAAAUUCGAUGCGCAACAAUAAAUAUAGAUAAACCAUAACGAUAACGAACGAAAGAAACCUAUCGUUUUGAUUAUUAAUAUACGUGAUGCGAAUACCUUAAACACUUAAUUCGAAAAUACACGAAAACGUGUAUUAUAUUUAGGGUUUAGAAACGAAAAAAUGUAUAUGAAGUUAAAAAAUAAUUCCCUUGUUUCGAAUUGUAACAUUUUGAGAUACAACCCAGGCAACAUUGUAGUUUAUUGAUUACCAGGGUCAGUCCAUGUGGACGAAAAUAGCCAGAUAGCAAUACAGUAUUCGAGCGUAAUAAGUUAGUAACUGUGCAGACUGCGUGUCACAGCAAACGUUUCUUGUUCAUGUAAAAAUAAUUUUGUAAUGCAAAAUGGAAGCACCUCUGAUGUUCGAAGUGUUAAUGUACCUUAAUUCCUAUUACUUUGGAAUGUUUUCCAUGUUUGAGUUCUCACUUAUAUGUGCCAAAUCAAUAGACGAUGCUCAAAAAAAGUCAGUUUCUCUAAAUGAACUCGGGACUAAUAUGACAGUAUUUGUGUUUCUUUGUCUCAUUGAAGUGUUCCGCACGUUUUUAUCACGCCGGGAAAAUGCGGCCGACAAGGCAAUAUGUGUCGUCCUGUCACUCAUUCUAACUGUGCCAUCAGCCAUAGGAGUACUGUAUUUUUUGUUGUGGCAACAAAGAACUUUCCGGCUGGAAAAUAUUCUAGGAUGCAUACAACUUAUGCUUCAAGCAACUCAAGUGUUCUUUGGCAUUGUAUCAUUACUGACAUUCAAAAGCAGUGAUUCAACAACAUGAAAUUGUAAUUUAAAAACAAUAAUUAUUUG